AUGCCCUCUCUGGACCCUCAUGGUACCUUGGUUUCAAGAGCUGAACCCCUUUCUCUGAAGGGAGAAAUCGUCAAACACUCGAGAGUGCACGGAUCCGAUGAGGCAGCGAGUGUGUCAAAGGACCCAGAGACAUGCGAGGCCACCAUGGGAAUCCUCAAGGACCCAAAAAGGAAAAAGCCACGCGAGACACGGCGUCAUGGUGGAACACUCGCUGAUGAGACCUUAAAGGCCGAUCGCGCCCCAUUGGAGCAGCUGGACAUGUUGGUCGUCCUGAAACAAAUUCGAGUAGGGAUACUGUGUGUACGACGUAAGCUAUCAUGUAGCUGUCACAGAAGUCACUUGCUGCAGCAUGUCAAGCCAUACAGGACUGACCCUGCCAUGUUGUCGAGCUGUCUUGAGGCUAAUCCCCCGAAUUCCGAUUCACCAGAAACACCAAAACCAGACCAGCGACUUCGCUCCACCAACAUCUCGUAUCACCCGAUCCACUUUGAACCGCAUUGUGGUUCUCGCGCCCUUUUUUUUCCACGGGUAAAGAUGGGAAGCAGAACUUUUGACCCUCCCGUCUACGCUGUGCCUCCGCCGCAGUACUACUACCGAACGCCUGUGUCGCCGGUGUUGCCCGACAUGGCCCCUACGAGUGUCGACGCCGGUUCAGUCCGGCGCAAGCCCCUCCACCGAAUGAGCACCCUUUCACAACACCUCUCCUCAUCUCUUCGUCACAACACUUCAUCAGGAAGGGAAAAGGGGAUACAGGAGCCCAGCGUGGUCCAGCUACCGCCUACACCAGACUCUGAGACCACCACAUCCAAGGCGACUUCUCCAGACACGGACCGAGAAAGUGGAAUACAAGACGUCGACCAGGGACCCCCGGCGUCCAAAAUCCAACGACGCAAGUCCCGGCUUUCGAUGCUGAUUCCAUCCUUUUUCUUUUCACCAGACGCCGCAGAUCAGCAGGGUACUGGGCUAAAAGGUACCACUGGAGCCAGGAAGCAACAACGGCCAGUAACUGCCAGCCCGGCCCCUGCCGCCAAUUACGCCAAUCCAGAGGCGCAGCAAGCAGCCAGUGUCAGCGACGUCCAUAAUAAGAACAUGGUAAUAUAUCACAACCCGGCCGCCAACUAUUCGUCACCCGAUGGAUUGUUGUUGGGCAGUAACAAUAAUCCUACUACUAAUAGCUCAUCCCCUCCUUUGUCGUCUUUACAAUCAGCAAGCCGGCCCAGCAACGGGGCCCGCAGUGUCUCCGUCGAAGGUCCCCCGCCGGGAGCUGCCAUCCCACCCAACCGUCUCCAGAAACAAUCACAGCAACAACAACAAAAUCAACAACAACCACCAUCCGGCAGCAGCUCACCAACAUCCCCUACAGGCAGCCACUCGCGCGGCCGCAGCACUUCCAGCCAACCUUCAGCAACACAUAACCGCACUCCCUCAGCAGAACCCCCGCGCAUCGUUUCCACUUCGGCAGACUCGAGGCCAACAUCAACCCAUUCCAACGGCAGCGAUGACGGCAGCAGUCCGACAGCUCAAAAGCACAAGCAGAGGAGGAGUUGGUUCGGAGGCCGAUCAGGCUCCAACUCGGCGGCCAACAAGGGAGACAGCAAUGCGGCCUGGAUUGUUGCGCCAGACAGCAAGGCCGAAUACAGCACGGCGAACCUCCUGAAUGGCGACAAGGUCCCCGAACUAUGGAACGAAUCUGGAAACUUGUUCAUCUACCUCCAUCCUCCCACCAGUGGCCGCGGCCCAUCCUUCAAAGUCCAUGAUUACCUCGUCAGCUCCUCGCAACUAUUGCUGUCCGAAAUUACCGGCUUCACCAACCCCCGCAAAGCUAGUGCCGGCGGCAGCCUUCUUACAGUCGACGAUGCCGCCAACAGGCGACCAGUCCCAUCGCCAUCAGCCUACGGCGCCAACCCGACUGACGGACAUCUGUACCUCCCACUCGAGAAUACGAAUCUGGACAGCCUCGUUGCAGCAAGGAAUUUGUUUGCUCUAUUGACCAGCCAACCCAUCAUUGCCACACACACGUAUCCGACCUUGUUUGCGGCGCUCCUUCAAGUGGCUGCCCUGCUCAAGUCCUUGGGCUUCAGAAACCAUGACGGAUCAACGUUUGGCGAACAGGUCGAUGCCGCCUUCAACUCUUUCUUGGACCAGUUUGGCGUUUCGGAUGUGAGAGGCAGCCGCGAAAAGACCAUCCAGGCCAUCAUCUUGGGUGAGCAUAUGCGGUCAUGGACGCUCUACAACGAAGCCUUCACCCACGCCGUGGGCAAGUACGAGUCCAUUCAGGAUCUCAACCUACCCGUCUACAAGAGUAUCUCGGUCAGCACCAGGAACAGGCUUGAGCGCGCCUAUCUGGAUCUCACUAACAGACAGGCCAACGCCAACCUUCGUCUCGAAAGCUUCGAGUUCCCUUCCCUGUUUGCUGGCAUUGGCAGCUCGACAUCCAGUGAGGAGGCCAAGCACUUGAACUUCAAGGAAUGGCAAAAGUCUUUCGCCAAGAUGCGCACCUUUGUUCUUGGCUACUACAAGGACUCGUUUGGCAGCUGGCCACCCAAGGCGCGAAGCAAGAAGAACCACUUCUCCCAGAGUGGUCUCAACCGCCAAUGCCUCAAGAUGCUUUACUCCGACUGCUGUGCUCUGUACGACCUGCUCGUCGACCGCGAAUCCAUCACUCCCCGUGUUAUCGACCAAAAGUUCGACGACGGUGUUGCGGAAGCCGAGGCCGAGAGGGAAAAGGCCAAGAAUGCCGGCGAGUUCGAGUAUGAACUCUUCCUGAUGCGCUCCGCCCUGCGCGCCAUGCUCAGCGAGUUUGACCACUCCUCUCCGCCCGUCCUGCCGCCCAUCCCCUUCGACUGCCCCAAGAUCCCCUCCAUGACCGCCAUCCACGAGAACUACCGUGCACUGGACGCCAAGAAGCGGGCCAAGCUCGACCGCAAGCUGGCCUCCAACGAGCUGCUGCUCAUGCUCAUCAAAUCGCGCAACUUAGACACCGACUCGAUACAGCUCCCCUUCCUCCAAGCCUUCAAGGAGUUCGAGUACAAGGAGGCCAAGGGUGUCAACCCUUCCGACAUCGCCAACCAGCGCGUCGGCUACUGGCUUUUCCUUUACGUCGUUCUGCAGUCCCUGCCUAUGCUCGUCGUCGACGCCCCCCAGCUUCACUGGACCGAAGGAGUCGAAUACUUCCUCUGCGAGGCUCCCCAGGGCAACCCGCCCUGGAUGGAAGAUGCCGGCGAAGUCCGCAAAAUGUGGUAUCAGACCAACAACGGUCAAGGCAUCGUAGAGCUGUCAGCGGACGUGGUCAUGUUCUCCGUCGAAGGUAUCUACAUGCGCUCGCACUGCUGGUUGGCUGCCAAGGAAUGGGAGGCCGCUCUCCUGCCCGCCUCUGCUGCCGCCGCCGCCGCCAUAAACCAGCCACUCGAAGCCGCCGCCGCCGCCUUGGGCGAGGAAAUCACCCCCUUGGAACCACCCCGCCCGGUAUUCCAAGACAACGACUCCUUCGCCUCGGGCCACCAACGUUCCGGCUCAAGAUCACAAAGCAGCUACGGAGGUGGCACUCCCGGUUCCGAACCCGCUUCCCCUCACUUCCGUCCACGGACGGGAUCAACAAUUAGUCGCAGGGUCUCGUCCUAUAGGUCUAGCAUCGCCAUAGGCCUCGAGCCGCUCGACUUUAGCCAAUUUGGCCCCAACGGCCCCUCGUCUCAGCAAGAAGCUGAGUUCAUGCAAUCUCUCGCUCCCGGCGGUGACCGCAGCUCCCGCGUCGUUUCUACUCCCGCCAACAUGCUCUCCGGAGGUGAUGGUGGUCGUCCCGACUCGUCCAACUCCACGGCCGCCCACGGCCACCGCGCUAGUUCCGUCGGCAGCGCGCAGACUCUUGCUGCGCUAGGUAACCUGAGCAUUGGUGAGGGUCAGGGGAGGUCCAGCGCACCGCCCGCGGCGUACAGAGAUCCUUCUAGGGGAUCGAUUAGUCAACAGGUGCAGCAGCAACAGCAGCAGCAGCAGUAUCCGAAUCCGAGUGUCAGUCCAAGUCCAUUGGGCAGAGGAGAGUCGCCGCCGAGGCAGUCACCCCCUAGGCAGGUGGCGCAACCGGCGGCGCCGGCACCCAGUAAUGGGGGGAGCACGUUUGAUGAUAUCUUGAAGGGGAUGGGGGGGCAGGAGAAGAAGAAGAAGAAGGGCUUGUUUUUCUGA